ACACAGUCACGGUUUGAAUGCGGCUUUAUUGUGAAAGGCCGUGCCGGAAAUAGCGCGUCUUUAACACCGGCCAAGUCCCAAGUGGUAACGUGUAAAGAAGUGGAGGAUGUGGGAGAUGUGGAGGAUGUUUCUCUGCUGACAUAUGCACGCCGCCGCUGCCAGGGGACGGCGACCGCAGUCGGGCUGACAAACGACACGUCCCGAAGACGCGGAGAGACAUGUAACUCCUCGCCGUGCCAUGAGGAGACGCUGCUCACGUAACCUCGGCGUGCUCGCCAAGGCCUUCCUGCUGCUCUGGCUGCUGUGGCUGGGUUAUCUCCUGCUGGCGCGCUCCCCCUUCCCCUCCUCGGCGCGCGACGACCACGCCAGGGACCUGGAGCACCAACGUCGGGCGGAAAGGCGGGAGGAUGAUGAUGACGACGACGGGCGGCUGUUGUCCGAGCCGCUGUACGCCAGGCCGCCCGCCGACAACAACGCCCCCGGGGAGUGGGGCCGGGCGGCGCACCUCGACCUCAGUCCUGAGGAAAAGAAGCAGGAGGAGGACAGCGUGGAGCGUUACGCCAUCAACAUCUUUGUCAGCGACAAGAUUUCCCUCCACCGACACAUCAAAGACAACAGGAUGUCUGAAUGCCAAAGAAAGAAGUUUGACUAUCGCCGCCUGCCCACCACCUCGGUGGUCAUCGCCUUCUACAACGAGGCCUGGUCCACCUUGCUCAGGACCAUCCACAGUGUCCUGGAGAGCACACCCGCCAUCCUGCUGAAGGAGAUCAUCCUCAUCGACGACUACAGCGACCGAGGCUACCUGAAAUCCCAGCUAGCGGAGUACAUCAGUAAACUGCAGCGCGUCCGGCUCAUCCGCACCAAAAAGCGCGAGGGCCUGGUCCGGGCCCGUCUCAUCGGCGCCACCUACGCCACAGGCGACGUACUCACCUUCCUCGACUGCCACUGCGAGUGCGUCCCCGGCUGGGUGGAGCCCCUGCUGGAGAGGAUUGGCGAGAACCCCAGCACCAUCGUGUGCCCCGUCAUCGACACCAUCGACUGGAACACCUUCGAGUUCUACAUGCAGACGGACGAGCCCAUGAUCGGAGGAUUCGACUGGAGGCUCACCUUCCAAUGGCACGCCGUACCCGAGGUGGAGCGCAAGAGGCGAAAGAUGCGCAACGACCCCAUCAGGUCCCCAACUAUGGCCGGCGGGUUGUUCGCGGUUAGCAAGGCGUACUUCGACCACCUAGGCACCUACGACACGGGCAUGGAGGUGUGGGGCGGAGAGAACCUGGAGCUCUCCUUUCGGGUGUGGCAGUGCGGUGGCAGCCUGGAGAUCCACCCCUGUUCUCACGUGGGCCACGUGUUCCCCAAGAAGGCCCCUUACGCUCGGCCCAACUUCCUGCAGAACACGGUGCGAGCGGCUGAGGUCUGGAUGGACACUUACAAGCAGCACUUCUACCACAGGAACCCACCUGCCAAAAAGGAGAAGUACGGCGACAUAUCGGAGCGCCUGCUGCUGAGGGAGAGGCUGAAGUGCAACACCUUCCACUGGUACCUGAAGAACAUCUACCCUGACCUCCACGUUCCUGAGGACAGGGAGGGCUGGCACGGAGCUGUGCGCAGCUCGGGAAUCAACUCUGAAUGUCUGGACUACAACGCCCCGGAUCACAGCCCCACAGGCUCCCACCUCUCUCUGUUCGGUUGUCACGGCCAAGGAGGCAACCAGUACUUCGAGUACACGUCCCAGAAGGAAAUCCGCUUCAACUCGGUGACCGAGCUGUGCGCCGAGGUGCCGGAGGGACAGUCGUCCAUCGGGAUGCGCCACUGCCCCCGCGACGGCGAAGCCAAGCUGCCCGGCACCGCCUGGGAGUUCCGGGACGACAAGAGCAUCUACCACCCGCACUCCAACACCUGCGUCGCCGCCUACCGCAAGCCGGACGGCCGCGCCGACGUCCAGAUGAAGUCUUGCGCCCCGGAGGAUAAAAACCAGCAGUGGAAGUUCGAGUGGUAGAGCGUAAGGGACCUUCUUUCUCGCCGCACGCCUUUCCAAGGGACUCGCGCCCACUUUUUGAUCGUCCAUCUCCGACCACCAGGAAGUGCCUGUCGGAGGGACGCACGUGUGUGCCUGCACUCCAAACCAGCAGGGGGAGGCCUUUUUAUCUAAGCGCUACAAACACAAACUGGCGCCAGCUUCCUGACUAAACCAUGUUUACUUUCUGCACUCCCAAGCCGCCUCCCCCUGGCAGAAAGCGGCAUUGCAUUGUUUCUCAACUCCGUGAAGUCGUUUAUGAAAACGUGGACGCCAGAGGGGCAGAAAUCUGCGUACGUAACUUUCACCGCAAAUGUACAAAAAAAUGCGCGCGGGGAUUCAUUUGCACUCUUUUUGACCAAGUUUUUCAGAUAAAAUCUCAAACAUACGAACUGUGAAAUACAUAACAAAACCUCGAUUUCACAAAGUAGAAGCAUCCUGUUGCAUAUUUAUUUGUUCAAGCCCGGAAAUAUAGAGCCAUGUUGAUAUUAUACAAGCAACUGUAAUUAGGGGCGGGUACUUUUAUAGGCACCGGCCGAGUUCCGUGGGUACUACCGGGUAUCGAUUCGCGGAAAAUGGAACGGGGCCAUAUUCCUAUACGUUUGUUACACGUGACUUUGCCAAACUCCCACUAAGUCAAGUUGCAAUGUUCAACACCAACUAAGCAAGUACGCUUGGUAGAAAACACUCUUCCAAAAUGCGCCAUCUUGACGCUAAUUUACAUUGGAUUUGCUAUAGACAGGCUACUAUUAGCAUUAGCGAUUUUACAUGGCGAUUUCAACAUCAAAUUUGCUGACGAGAAUUACAACUAAGAUGAAUGUUACAAUCAAGUAUGUUUGGUAGAAAACACUCUUCCAAAAUGCGCCAUCUUGAUGCUAAUUUACAUUGGAUUUGCCAAAGACAGGCUAUUAUUAGCAUUAGCGAUUUUACAUGGCGAUUUCAACACCUCCAAAUUUGCUGACAAGAAUUACAACUAAGAUGAAUGUUACAAUCAAGUAUGCUUGGUAGAAAACACUCUUCCAAAAUGUGCCAUCUUGACGCUAAUUUACAUUGGAUUUGCCAUAGACAGGCUACUAUUAGCAUUAGCGAUUUUACAUGGCGAUUUCAACACCUCCAAAUUUGCUGACGAGAAUUACAACUAAGAUGAAUGUUACAAUCAAGUAUGCUUGGUAGAAAACACUCUUCCAAAAUGCGCCAUCUUGAUGCUAAUUUACAUUGGAUUUGUCAUAGACAGGCUAGUAUUAGCAUUAGCGAUUUUACAUGGCGAUUUCAACACCUCCAAAUUUGCUGACGAGAAUUACAACUAAGAUGAAUGUUACAAUCAAGUAUGCUUGGUAGAAAACACUCUUCCAAAAUGCGCCAUCUUGACGCUAAUUUACAUUGGAUUUGUCAUAGACAGGCUAGUAUUAGCAUUAGCGAUUUUACAUGGCGAUUUCAACACCUCCAAAUUUGCUGACGAGAAUUACAAUUAAGAUGAAUGUUACAAUCAAACAGCUGGUGUGUAACAAGCACGAUACUUACAGUGUAAACACUUUGUAGGGCGCAACAUAACGUGUUAGCAUUAGCGAUUUUGCACGGCGAUUUCAACACCUCCAAAUUUGCUGAAGAGAACUGCAACUAAGAUGAGUGUUGCAAUCAAACAGCUGGUGUGUAACAAGCACGAUACUUGCAGUGUAAACACUUUGUAGGGCGCAACAUAACGUAUUUGCAUGGCGAUUUCAACACCUCCAGAUUUGCUGACGAGAAUUACAACUAAGAUGAAUGUUGCAAUCAAACAGCUGGUGUGUAACAAGCACGAUACUUACUGUGUAAAUACUUUGUAGGGCGCAACAUAACGUGUUAGCAUUAGCGAUUUUGCACGGCGAUUUCAACACCUCCAAAUUUGCUGACGAGAACUACAACUAAGAUGAGUGUUGCAAUCACACAGCUGGUGUGUAAUAAGCACAAUACUUACAGUGUAAACACCUUGUAGGGCGCAAUAUAACACAUUCAGCUUCCUGGAAAAAGGCUCCUUCCUAGUUUGAUGGCCUACACAGUACUGCCAUCUAAUGUCUUGGAAGUGCAACUGCACAUGUGAUAAUAAAAUAAGCAGAGGUAUUUAUAAUCGGCUCAUAUUUAAAUGUUACAAUAAAAAACACAAUUUUAUUAUCAAACAAUUACAAAAAAAGGGACCUGGAAUUGGUACCGUAUCGGUUCAAAUGUGAACGGUACCUAUCCCUGGUUAUGAUGAGGUGGGACAUUAAACUAUUGAUUAUUUUACUCAUUUUUAUUUGAAUGGUAAAAAUGUAUAAAGAAGUAAGAAGGUGUGUUGUUUUUUUACUUGUAUGUGGGUAAAAAAGUAUUGUUUUAAGACCGCAAAAUAUGGAAUGUAACACAAUACUUGGUUAAAUAAAGUCAUGUGAUGAA